GUCAUUCAGGUUUAUUAGCGGUCUUCGCGGUUCCCACAAACACCAGUCACACAGUCCUUGUGCUCUGCGCCGAAGUAUAUGGUCAAUGCCGUGCGUGGCCCCCUUCUACAUCAGUUCUCCCAUGCCCGGGAACUGGAGCAGGAACAAGGGUUUUACCUAAGAGAGCGCUGAAGGACCAAGAAGAAGCCUGUUGACCAGUUUUUACAAGGAAGGCGAUCCCAGUUUUCCUCCAUGUGAAGAAAAGGGCGAUCACCGGAGAGAUGAACGAGAGCGCAGCAGCCAACGAGAGUUUGGCGGAGCUUUCCGUGACCUCGUGGGUGGAAGCCGAGGCCCUCAACGGCAACGGCAGCCUCGCGCUCUCCUCCCCCUCUUCCUCCUCAUCCUCAUCCCUCCUCGACUUCCCUGUGAACCCGUGGGACAUCAUGCUGUGCCUGUCUGGCACGGUGAUCGCGUGCGAGAACGCCAUCGUGGUGGCGAUCAUCUUCUACACGCCGACGCUGCGCACGCCCAUGUUCGUGCUGAUCGGCAGCCUGGCUACGGCGGACCUGCUGGCGGGCGUGGGGCUCAUUCUGAACUUCGUGUUUCAGUACGUGAUCUCCUCAGAGACCAUCAGCCUCAUUACGGUGGGCUUCCUCGUGGCCUCGUUCACGGCGUCCAUCAGCAGCCUGCUGGCCAUCACGGUGGACCGCUACCUGUCGCUCUACAACGCGCUCACGUACGUGUCGGAGAAGACGCUGCACUACGUGCACCUGAUGCUAGUGGGCGCGUGGGGCGCGUCUCUGGGCCUCGGCCUGCUGCCCGUGCUGGGCUGGAACUGCCUGGACGACGCCGAGUCCUGCAGCAUCGUGCGGCCGCUGCGGCGCGCCAACGUCACGCUACUGGCCGGCUCCUUCUUCGUCAUCUUCGCGCUCAUGCUCAGCCUGUACCUGCGCAUCUGCAAGAUCGUGUGCCGCCACGCGCACCAGAUCGCGCUGCAGCAGCACUUCUUCGCCGCCUCGCACUACGUGGCCACCAAGAAGGGCGUGUCCACGCUCGCCAUCAUCCUGGGCACGUUCGGCGCCAGCUGGCUGCCCUUCGCCGUCUACUGCCUGGUAGGCGAGCGCGAGUACCCGGCCGUCUACACGUACGCCACGUUGCUGCCCGCCACCUAUAACUCCAUGAUCAACCCCAUCAUCUACGCGUACCGCAACGCCGAGAUCCAGCGCUCGAUCUAUGUGCUCUUCUGCGGCUGCUUUCACGCCAACGUGUCCUACCGCUCCAGAUCGCCCAGCGAGGUUUAGAGCUGCCGCCAGUUUCCUUCACAGCUGCCAAUCAGCGCUCUCGCUGCAAAACCUCGUAACUCCAUUGUUUUUCCUUUAUUACAUGUUUGCGCCAUUUGAACACGCCAGCUACCCUUACAUGGUGUGAACUAGUGGGCCAAUAGAAAUGUGGUCCAAAGUUAAAAUCUCUACACCACAAAAAGCUUUUUCCUGCUCCUGUUAAGUUUCGAUGUUACGAGGUUUUGUUACGAGAGAGACGCAGUGUUGCCUUUACCUCUUACCCCCGCUUCAUGCUGAUGCGUGUGCUAAAAACGUGUGGAUCCAACGCUUGUCUGUCGCGCAAUUGCACUUUAUGAGACUCGAGCCAGCCAAGAGUCCGUCCCAAUGCUGUGAACAACAGACUUUCAGACUUUUUGUGGUCGACGAAGCAACAAACUCAACAUCGAGAAUGUAUUUUUAACCAUCGACAGUGGGGGAUGAAUAGCACUUUACCAUUUACUAUUCAUUAUUUAAGAGUUUAAAUGCCAAAGCAGUAUUGUGCAGGCCUGUAUUUAAAGUUGUGAGUGAUUUGUGUGAUGGAGUUUUUUUUAUCUUGUCAAAUGAUCUAUGACUGUAUUUUAUACGAGACAGAGAACAUAAAUAAACCAAUUCUAAAAA